CCUUCAUGUUACAUAUAUAUUAUAGUUCAAACAUAAUUAAUGAGAGCUCAAAUCAGACUCGAAGAUGAGUCCAGUAACCAAAUCUCUCUCAAUUGAUCUCCUAGCCUUAUUUCUCUCUCUCAUCCCAUUCCUUCAAAACAAAGCCCUUGCCCUUGACACAACAUCAUCCCUUAGUCUUAUUAACACCAUUAAUGUUGCUAGCAACGAGACUGAUUUCCAUGCAUUAUUGGCCUUCAAGUCCAAUAUUUUCCCACAAUAUCACCAAGCCUUGAGCUCAUGGAAUGAAUCUCUCCAUUUCUGUCAUUGGGAAGGUGUCAAAUGCGGCCGCCGACAUGAACGAGUCACCGUUAUAGACCUCACCUCCAGAGGUCUAGCAGGUUCUUUGUCUCCUUAUAUUGGAAACCUUAGCUUUCUACAGGAGCUUAGCCUCAGAAACAACACUUUUAUUGGUGAAAUUCCAACUGAACUCGGUAAUCUUCUCAAGUUACAAAUACUCAAACUCGCAUAUAAUGGUUUUGAAGGGAAAAUUCCAACAAGCCUAUCUCGUUGCUCCAAUCUCAGGUUCCUUAGUGUAACCAGCAACAAGCUAGUUGGAGAGUUCCUGAAAGAACUUGGUUAUUCAAUGCCGAGACUGAAAUCACUCUACGUUGUUAGUAACAACUUGAUCGGAGGGAUUCCUCCGUCGAUUGGGAAUCUUACUUCUCUGGUAAACUUUAGUGCUGUGGACAAUCCGUUUGGAGGAAGUAUUCCAAAUGCUUUGGGUCGAUUGAAAAAUUUAAGGUACUUCUGGUUAGGUGCCACUCAAAUUUCAGGUACCAUCCCUCCUUCCAUAUACAACCUAUCGCUGCUAGUUAAAUUGUCAUUGCCCUUUAAUCGACUCCUGGGUAGUCUUCCACCGACAUUCGGUUUCAUGUUCCCUCACCUUCAGUUCCUUCAGCUACAUGCUAAUGAUUUUGGUGGUCCUAUUCCGCUUUCAAUAUCAAACUCUUCGCAAUUGGUACACCUCGAAUUGCAAAGAAACCAUUUCAGUGGAAUAGUAAGGAAUGAUUUCGGAAAUUUACAAAAUCUCCGUGUUAUAAUUCUAUCUAGUAACAAUUUUGAAGCUAGGGGAUCUGAUGGACUAGCCUUUCUUAGUUCUUUGACCAAUUGUAGCAAUUUGGAACUAUUGGGUUUGGAAGAUAACCAAUUUGGAGGUGUAUUACCAAAUUUUGUGGGUAAUCUAUCAAUCUCUCUCUCUUGGUUGACACUACAUCAAAAUCAAUUGUAUGGAUCAAUUCCUUCAACAAUAGGAAACCUUGUGAAUAUGGAACUUUUAGCUCUGAAGGAUAACCUAUUCACAGGCCCGAUUCCCGAUAGCGUAGGUUAUCUUCAUAAGUUGCAAUAUUUAGCAUUUUCAAACAAUAAAUUAUUAGGUGAAAUUCCAAAGUCGAUUGGAAACUUGUCAAUGAUGAAUAACCUUUACUUGGAGAAAAACAGACUAGAGGGAGCCAUACCCUCGAGUCUGGGAGACUGUCGAAAUUUGUUAGAGUUAACACUCGAUGAAAAUAACCUUAAUGGGAGCAUUCCAAGACAACUUUUGAUGGUCUCUUCUCUAUCAAUUGCUUUGGAUCUUUCUCGCAACCAUUUGUCUGGAUCCUUGCCCCCAGAGGUUGGAUACCUAAAAAAUGUAGCAGAAAUCGAUAUCUCCGAGAAUGUUAUGUCUGGUGAAAUUCCUGGGACUCUUGGAAGUUGUAGUAGCCUUGAAAACUUGUAUUUGCAGCAAAAUUCGUUUCAAGGAUCUAUUCCUUCAUCAAUGGAAUCCUUGAGAGGUAUUCAAAUUUUGGACCUUUCCCACAACAACUUAUCCGGUCAAAUUCCGAGAUUCUUAGGGACUUUUUCCUUGAAGAAUCUCAAUUUGUCCUUCAACAAUUUUGAAGGAGAGUUACCAAUGAGAGGUGUCUUCACAAAUGCAAGUGCAAUAUCUGUUGCUGGAAAUUAUAGGCUUUGUGGUGGCAUUCCCGAACUACAACUAGCUCAAUGCACCACGAAAAAAUUGAGAAACAAGAUGUCACUUUCGCAGACCUUAGCAAUCACGAUAGCUUCGGUGUUCGUUGGAGUAACCGCAGUAUCCUCUUUCAUCAUAUGUUUGUUCAAGAAGAAAAGAAACACCAAACGUAUUGUUUCAUUGUCGAAAGACCCAUUCUUGAAAGUCACUUAUGGAGAACUUCUCAAAGCAACUGGAGGUUUCUCUUCAACGAAUCUACUUGGUUUUGGUAGUUUUGGUCAUGUCUAUAAAGGCAUUAUUGACCAAAAUGGAGAGUUAGUUGUUGCAGUCAAAGUACUUGACCUUCAAACUUGUGGCGCUACCAAGAGUUUCAUGACAGAGUGUGAAGCCUUAAGGAAUAUUCGACACCGAAACCUGGUUUCAAUCAGAACUUCUUGUUCUAGUGUGGAUUUUCAAGGGAAUGAGUUUAAAGCUCUAGUUUACGAGUUCAUGCCGAAUGGAAGUCUAGAUAAUUGGUUGCAUUCAAUUCCAAAUGCAAAUAAUGGCCAACGUGAGUUCGUGGGACUCGAUCUUCAACAAAGAAUAGACAUUGCCGUUGAUGUGGCUUGUGCACUCGAUUAUCUUCACCAACAAUGCGAAAGGCCAAUUAUUCACUGCGAUUUAAAGCCGAGUAAUAUCCUUCUUGACGGUGACAUGGUUGCCCAUGUCGGAGAUUUCGGACUAGCUAGAUUUCAUGCGGACCUCACCACUCUGAGGACAAGUAGUUCAAUUGCAAUAAGGGGAACCAUUGGAUAUGCAGCUCCAGAGUAUGGUCUUGGAAGUGAGAUGUCAACUAGUGGAGAUGUUUAUAGUUAUGGAAUCUUGUUGUUGGAGAUGGUAACAGGAAAGAGACCUACUGACGAAAUAUUUGAGGCAGACUUUAAUCUUCAUAACUUCGCAAAGAUUGCUUUCCCACAACGUGUGAUGGAGAUUGUAGACCCCAUGCUCUUAACCGAGGAGAGACAUGGCAGCAAAAUGGUUGAAUGUUUAAUCCACAUUGUAAAAAUAGGACUAACAUGUUCUACAGAGUCCCCACAAGAUCGAAUGAGCAUAAAUUCUGUACUCCAAGAGCUUCAUCUAGUCAAGAACAAUAUGUUGAAGGGCAACAUGGAUAGCUAGACAUGCAAUGUUGAUAACUCAGGGCAUCCGAGCCAACACAAGCAUAUCUCGAUUAGUGCUGGAAGAACAAUCCACUUUCCAUUAUGCAAUGUUGGAGCAAGCGAAAUUCCAAUCACUUUGACAAUGUUGGAGAAGGCAAAAGCAGGGGGUGGUGAAUUAGACUUCAUAUAUUUUGAGGAGAACAAUAAGCCACCGAACUUAGGGGAAUGCAGGUUCAGUUGUCAUAUAAACAGACUGUAUGCAUACAAUAGAAUUCCUUACUCUCUACUCGUGAACUGUCUAAACUGUAUGCGUACAGUCUGUGAUAAAAACAAAUGAAAUUGUGUUAAUCUUAUUGAGUGAAUUGGCAAGAAAACAAAAAGAUGGUUUCUUCAAAAAGCAAAAAAUAAAAAAUAAAAGAAACGAACAGAAAGAAAAUAAAGAAGAUCGAUCUCGAUUAAUUGGUUUUUCCUUUAAGGAAUUCCCCAAUUUGAGAUGACAAAGAGCUUUGGUUUACAAAAUAGUUUCAUUUGUGGCAUAAAGAACAAUAAUUCAAAAAUGCCAUACACUGAACUCAAUUGUGCUCAUCUCCUUAUCACAAUUCUUUACUGUCUCUUAAUGUGUUCGGUGUAUGUUUUAUGCUUGGUGUAUGUUCUAUCGUCUUCUUAUGAUGUAUGCAGAAACAGGGUUAUAAGUUGCUGAAACCGGUAUUCUAACUUCAGAAACUGCUAUUCUACUUCUGAAAUCGGCUUUAAAAUUGCCAAAACUGCUUUUGAAACUGCUGGAGCUGGUUUCCCAACUGCUAAAACUGAGUUCUAAGUGGCAAAAUCUUUGGUUCCAUUUUGUUUCUUUAGAACAAUCUAUCUCUUGGUAACUCUUUGGACAAAUUAGAGGACGGAUAAUUUAGAGGUUGAAUGCAAGGUGUCUUUCACAUUGUACCAAUG